AUGGAUUCAAAUCAGAAAUUCGCCUUGCAUGAGGCUGCCCGAGAGGGUAGAAACCAGGUCGUCGAGUCGUUACUCAACGCAAACCCGAAAUCAGCAUUUGUCACAGAUGAUGACGAGCGUCUUCCGAUUCAUUGGGCUGCGGCUAACAACCGACUCCCAGUAGUGGAAUUGCUCGUCGCUAGCAAGGGAUUCGAUCCGGAUGUAGCAGAUGGUUCAGGAUGGACACCCCUCAUGAUUGCAGCCAGUCUAAAGGAUGCUGCAGGCGAGGCAAUCAUCGACCUGCUUCUACGAAAGGGAGCUGAUGUUUCUAUGAAAAGCAACACUGGACAGAACGCCUUGCAUUUUGCAAGCUCGAAAUCUAAUAUUUCCAUCGUCCGAACUUUGAUUGCCAACAAGUGCAGUGCCAGAGUCAAAGAUAAGCGCGGCCAACUACCACUUCAUCGCGCGGCCGCAGUAGGAUCUGUUCCCAUCUUGAAAAUGUUGUUGGAAGAGGGCAAAAGUCCUGUCAAUGCAACCGACGGUGAUGGAUACACAGCACUUCACCAGGCUAUCGCUGAAGGGCAUGGACCGGCAGCAAUUCUUUUGUUGAAGUCUGGAGCGGAUCCACUGAAGAGAGACAAUGAUGAUAAAUUGGCCAUUGAGCUAGUUCCAGAUGACAAGGUAAUGCCCUCGCAUAUGUUGGGAUGGUUUGAACUAACCAUUUUUGUCAUUCACACACAGGUUAAGCAGUUUAUCCUUCAGACAGCGGAACGAGAAGGGAUUGAACUUCCAUAA